AUGCCCCCGGACACCCAGGCAGGUGAGGAGGAACCCUACAAGUGCUUGGAGUGUGGGAAGGGCUUCAGGUGCAGCUCUGAGCUCGUCACCUACCAACACAUCCACACCAGGGAACGGCCCUACGAGUGCCUCGAGUGCCCAAAAAUGUUUCACACCACUUCCACUCUCGUCAGGCACCAGCGGAUUCACACAGAGGAGAGGCCCUUCCGCUGCCCUGAGUGCGGGAAGGGCUUUAGAGAAAACAUCAGCCUUGUUACCCACUGGUGCAUCCAAACCAGGGAGAGGCCCUACGAGUGUCCCAAGUGUGGGCAGAGCUUCAGCCAGAGUUCAGAGCUGGUGGUCCAUGAGCAGCUUCAUGAUGGGGAGAAGCCCCACAAGUGCUUGGAGUGUGGGAAGUGCUUUAGUCGGAGCUCCCACCUGAUCAGCCACCAGAUGAUCCACACCGGCGAAUGGCCCUACGAGUGUGGGGAGUGUGGGAAGGGCUUCAGCUACAGAUCCAGCCUUGUGACCCACCAACGCAUCCACACUGGGGAGAAGCCCUACGAGUGUCCCCAGUGUCAGAAGAGGUUUCAGACCAGCUUCAAUCUCCUCCAGCACCAGCGGAUUCACAAUGAGGAGAGGCCCUUCCACUGCUCUGAGUGCGGGAAGGGCUUCAAGCACAACUUCACCCUCAUCAUCCACCAUCGCAUCCACACAGGGGAGAGGCCCUACGAAUGUCCCCAGUGUGGACAGAGCUUCAGCCAGAACUCAGAGCUGGUGGCCCAUGAGCAGCUUCAUGCCAGCAAGAGGCCCUAUGAGUGCUUGGAGUGUGGGAAGAGCUUCAGGAAGAGAUUCAACCUGAUCUGCCACCAGAGGAUCCACACUGGGGAACGGCCCUACAAGUGCUUGGAAUGUGGGAUGAACUUCAGCCACAGGUCCAACCUGGUUGUCCACCAGAGGUUCCACACUGGGGAGAGGCCCUACGAGUGUCCCAAGUGUCAGAAGAGGUUUCACACCCACCUCCUCAUACAUGAGCGGAUUCACACAGGGGAGAGGCCCUUCCACUACUCCAACUGUGGGAUGGACUUCAGGCACAGAUCCACCCUCGUCACCCACCGGCGCAUCCACACCGGGGAGAGGCGCUUUAAAUGCCAUGCUUGUGGGAAGAGCUUCAGGCAGAGCAGCACCCUGAUCAGCCACCAGAGGAUCCAUGCUGGGGAAUGGCCCUAUGAGUGUGGGGAAUGUGGGAAGGGCUUCAGCUCCAGCUCUGCCCUUGUCAUACACCAACGCAUCCACACAGGGGAGAGGCUCUACAAGUGUCCCCAGUGUCAGAAGAGGUUUCAGAGCAGCUCCAGUCUCCUCCGGCAUAAGCGGAUUCACACGGAUGAGAGGCCCUUGCGCUGCCCUGAGUGCGGGAAGGGCUUCAAGCACAACUCCAACCUCAUCAGGCACCGGCACAUCCACACUGGGGAGAGGGAGAGGCCCUACGAGUGUCCCCAGUGUGAGAAGAGGUUUCACACCAGCUCCAGUCUCCUCCAGCACCAGCAGAUUCACACCGAUGAGAGGCCCUUCCAAUGCCCUGACUGUGGAAAGGGCUUCAAGCGCAACUUCACCCUCAUCACCCACCGGCACAUCCACACCGGGGAGAGGCCCUACGAGUGUCCCCAGUGUGGGAAAAGCUUCACCCAGAUCUCUUUCUUUACCAGACACCAACAGAGGCACCUGUAA